AUGCGGAGCCUGGUGUGCUUGUUAGCCCUGGCUGGGUUUACUGCACAGUCGCUAGGGCAGCAGCAGCAGCAGCCGCUAUAUGCGACCGCCAAGCCCAAUGUUGUCUUCAUAUUAACCGAUGAUCAAGACGCGCAACUCGGCUCCUUGGAUUACAUGCCCUAUGUUAAAAAGCAUCUACUAGACAAAGGAACACACUAUCGCAGCCAUUACUGUACAACCAGCGUCUGUUGCCCUUCGCGGGUGACCCUUUGGACAGGGAAACUGGCCCACAAUACAAACGUUACGGAUGUCAAUCCUCCGCAUGGUGGUUAUCCCAAGUUUAUUUCUCAAGGUCUCAAUGACAACUAUCUGCCUGUCUGGCUACAGGAAGCCGGGUACAAUACCUACUACACUGGUAAACUGUUCAACGUCCACACGGUCGACAAUUAUAACGCCCCCUUCCCAGCUGGGUUUACCGGAAACGACUUCCUUCUCGAUCCAUUUACAUACGACUACCUAAACAGUACCUUCCAACGAGACCGAGAACCACCCCAAAGCUACGAAGGAGAAUACAGCACCGAUGUCCUCGGACAAAAGGCAUAUCGCCUGCUCGACGAAGCAGUCACGGCUCAAAAGCCCUUCUUUCUCACAGUCGCUCCCAUUGCACCGCAUUGCAACGUUUUCAUGAAUGGAACCGGCUUAGAUGCCAACCCUAACUUCAGCUUCAGCGCACCUAUUCCCGCCAAGCGGCACGAGCACUUAUUCCCCGAUGUUAAAGUCCCCCGUACCCCCUCCUUCAAUCCGGAAAACCCCUCAGGCGCCAACUGGAUUAAGACUCUCAAGCGACAGAAUGAUACUAAUGUUGACUACAACGAUCAUUUUUACCGCCAGCGUCUACGCGCCCUCCAGGCCAUUGAUGAACUAGUUGAUGGCUUAUUUACACGCUUGAAGGAAUAUGAUAUUCUCGACAACACAUAUGUAGUCUAUAGUAGCGAUAAUGGCUACCAUAUUGGUCAACACCGACUCCAGCCGGGCAAGUCGUGUGGAUAUGAAGAAGACAUUAAUGUUCCCUUGAUCGUUCGUGGUCCCAAUGUUGCCCAGAAUGUAUCUACGGAUAUUGUUACAACACAUACGGACCUUGCACCCACCUUCCUUGAUCUGUUAGGUAUCCCUCUCCGAGAGGACUUCGAUGGCGACCCCAUCCCUUUUACAGAGAGCCAGAUCGAGGAGGCCCAUGACGAGAGACAAGAGCAUGUCACAGUUGAAUAUUGGGGAUAUGCAGCGGGAGAGGGUAUAUAUGACUGUGCGUACCCUACUCACACCCUUCACUCUUUGACUGUGCAUGUGCUAAUCAGGACACUGAAAGUUGACCUAUCGGCAUACAACAACACAUACAAAGCUCUCCGCAUCAGAGGUAAUGAAUAUAACCUCUACUACUCUGUUUGGUGUAACAACGAGCAUGAACUCUACGAUAUGACUAGUGACCCUCAUCAACUCCACAACCUCCUUUCUACAAAUGGGCUUCCAAAUGCGACCUCUCACAUCAUAUUGAACGUUGAUCUUUCCAAAGUCGUUCAGCGACUUGACUCCCUUUUACUGGUGCUCAAGUCCUGCAAGGGCCAGGUAUGUGUCAAGCCAUGGGAUGCCUUGCAUCCGCGCGGGGAGGUAACGACGUUGAAAGACGCACUGGAUGUGCGCUAUGAUUAUUACUACGAGAUGGAACAGACAACGCGGGUCCAGUUUGACGAGUGUGCGCGCGGGUAUUUUCUGGAUGUGGAGGGCCCACAGUUUGGUCAAGGGACUGAAUAUGGGGUUCUUCGGGAUGGAUUACCAUGUAUUAUAUGGGAUCUACGGUCUCCGGCAGCUCCACAGCAGACACCAAACCGGGUCGCGCUCAAUCCUAUACUGCGGAUUGAUUGGCCGGAUGAGCUUUCCAUGCACCUCCUCACCACUCCGCUUCUCUACCGCAUUCUCUCUUUCCAGGCCACACCUCAGUACACGAAGGCUGUAGGAAUCGUUCUCUCCGUACUGUUCACGAUCGUCAUGGUCGUCCACAUGGUCAUGGACGAGUUCCUGCUCCAUGCGGUGACGUUCGGCACCGCUGUCUAUUUGAUCGCGACUCGCACGCUCAAGAUAAUUCCUCGGGAGAUCCCGGAUGUCGAGGAUCGCAAGAGGAUUCAGAACGUGGCGCUCUUUGGGUGUGCGAGCUUCAUCUUCGGAUACCUCGUCUGGCUGGUUGACGAGUGGGUGUGUCAGUCUCUGAUUGGAGCCAGACACGCGGUCGGACUGCCCGUGGCAUUUUUGCUUGAGUUGCAUGGCUGGUGGCAUGUCUUUACUGCAAUUGGUGGAUAUAUUGCCGUGGCGAUUAUUGAUUUGAUUACUUCUGGGCAGCUGCAACGGGACUCGGUUGCACAGCUCGCGUGGCCGUUGCCGACUGUUGCGAGGCUGCUCGGACCGGCUGAGGGAGAGAUGAAGCGGAGGUAG